CCACUCCAGUUGUUUCGACAAGCCGGAAGUGAAUACAGAGAAAUUACAACAAACAGAGAAAGAGCCAGGCGGGGACAGAUACCACAGGAAUAUCUGGUCAAAAUCAUAGCUGAAAACUACUUGUACUCGCCACUGAUCAUCUACUGGAUCUAACAGCACAACCGGAUCGCGAUGUCAAACAUGGAAAAGAAUUUGUUUAACCUGAAGUUCGCAGCCAAAGAACUUCAGCGCAGCUCCAAGAAAUGCGACAAAGAAGAGAAGGCAGAGAAGGCCAAAGUCAAAAAGGCGAUCCAAAAGGGCAACAUGGAGGUUGCACGGAUACAUGCAGAAAAUGCCAUCCGCCAGAAGAAUCAGUCUGUAAACUUCCUUCGAAUGAGCGCAAGGGUCGAUGCGGUGGCUGCACGAGUACAAACAGCAGUCACCAUGAACCAGGUUACCAAAUCCAUGGCUGGAGUGGUGAAGGGAAUGGAUGCAACCCUGAAGAGCAUGAACCUUGAAAAGAUAUCUGCAUUGAUGGAGAAGUUCGAACGUCAAUUUGAAACUCUGGAUGUACAGACAUCUCAAAUGGAGGACACGAUGAGCAGUACCACAACGCUGACCACACCACAGGGUCAAGUUGAUACUUUGAUGAUGGAGAUGGCAGAUGAGGCCGGGCUGGACCUUAAUAUGGAGCUACCUCAAGGUCAGACAGGAUCAGUAGGAACCAGUGUUGCAUCUGCAGAACAGGACGAGCUCUCGCAGAGACUGGCUAAACUGAGAGACCAGGUUUAAGGAGAACUGGAUAAUAGUGUGUUUGUGAGAGUGAAUGUUUUGCUGGAGUGUCUGAUGAACGUUUCUUUUGUUAACUGACUCUUGAUAGAUAUGGGCUUGUUAUUUUUAUGUGUAUCAUUUUCUUUAAUGCAUAAACCAAACUCUACACAUAAGAAAAUGAAAAACCAGAAAUUUCAAAUGUGCUAUAACACUGUCAUCAGUUAUAGGGCCCAACUGUAUGUCUUCAGUCCCUAUAACUGGGUUAAAAAUUAUGUUGUGCGUGAGAUAUCUGUGUAAUGUUAUUCAUUUUAUUUGCUUCAUGUUUUAAAUACCUGAUUGCUGUCUCUGAACAUUUUUUUUUUUUUGCCAAUGUAGAAACAUUAACCUACACCGGCAUUGGUAUCAUAAGUUUUUUGGGUGAUGUUUCUUCUGCUUAUUUCUGCACACACAUCUUUGCCUCUGCUUCGGUGAACUGUGGACCUUUGUAACGUAUAAAGCAUGUUAUCUCAAGACAGUUUAAAUUAAAUAUUUUCAUCUUGUCUGAGGCAGUAAAAGUCCUAGUUUUUUCAGAAAGUCAUAGCCAAAUAUUCUCAAGCUUUUCUGAAUGAACAGCACAUCUGAUCUUUAUUUUCGAGUAUCUCUAUUUUGGUUAAAACCAAAAUAAAAUAAAAAGUUGUCAAUUUACAGCUCUAUCCGCUGGUUCAGAUAAUAAAAAUACAGUAUAUGUGUGUAUAUAAAUAAACAUUUUGCAACUUC